UUAGAGUAAAUUGAGUAUGGGAAUAGCUUUUAUAUGUAAGUAGAGUUAUCAUAUAGCAAUUGGUGCUAUACAGCCUCAAAUGAUUUCGUGUUUGUGUUUACCGUGAGGAGGGGAGCUGCUCAACUUUAAGUGAAACCAGGCUACUGAUUUCCUCCGUCUUCUCUUUCACCCUUUUAAUUUGGCUCUAUAAAGCAGUCUAACCCCCUUUUCCUCUUCUGUCGAUCAUUUUCAUUGUCGUUUGGCUUUUCUGAUAUGGAUGAAAAUUUGAGGAGGGCCGCUCAAGAAGGAAAUGUUGAUGAACUAUAUGCAUCAAUCGAAAGAGAUUCUAAUGUUUUAAGGCGUAUUGAUGAGAUGGAGUUUGUUGACACUCCAUUACACAUAGCUGCAGUUGAAGGAUGCAUUGAUUUUGCAAUGGAGAUAAUGACCUUAAAACCCACAUUUGCUAGGAAGCUAAACCAGCAAGGCUUUAGUCCCAUUCAUCUUGCAGUGGAAAACGGACAUAAAGAGCUCGUUCUUCUUCUCUUGGAAAAUAAUAAAGAUCUUGUACGUGUCAAAGGGAAGAAGGGUGAGACUCCAUUGCACUAUGCAAUAACCAGAGAACACAACCAUGAUCUCAUAGCUAGAUUUUUGGAGGUUUGCCCCGAAUGCAUCCAAGAUGUGACAACUACAAAUGAAACUGCUUUGCAUAUUGCGACGAGAAACAAUGAGUUACAAGCUCUCAAACUCCUAUGCGGGAUGCUUUGGAGGACUGACAAUCGUGAGGAAGUGGUGAAUCAAAAAGACAGGAAUGGGGACACUGCCUUGCACAUGGCUGCCGGUGAUAAUCGACAUGAGAUGCUCAAACUGCUAUUGCAAUGCAAGGCUGACAAACAUGCUACCAAUAAGGCUCGCAAAACGGCACUGGAUGUUGCACAACAACGUGAUGACAAAAAAAGCAUUGGAAUUCUGCGUGGUUGCUUUAUUCCAAUAGUUUCAACUUUUAAUUAUAAAUUGCAGAAACAAAUUUUCAAGUAUGUGACGAAGGCAUCAGCUAUAAUUUUUCAAGAUAUGAAUAAUAUAUCAAUUGAGGACCGCAAUGCCUUACUAGUAAUUCUAGGAUUGCUUUUAACAACAACCUACCCAGCCAGUCUUAGCCCACCCGGUAGUGUUUGGCAGGGAGACAGUUCCUCAAACUCCACUGCCAAUCUAGGAGAUGAAGAAAAAGCACCAGGGAAAUCGGACUGCUCUUCAGAUACUCCUCGCAUUUCUUGCUAUAUGCUUUUAUCAAUCAAUCUUUUUCCUAGCGCCAACAGAUUUAGCAACUAUAGUUAUUAAUAUAUUUUCAGUUAUGGUUUUCGUUUUGAUGAUGUUCAUGUGUUUUGCUUAUCGGUUGUCAAGAGAUAGUGUUUUAAUUCUAGGACGUUGGUUAUUCCCUACGGGUGCUCUGUUUAAUGGUUUUAUAGAAAAUGUAAUAGUAGCAUUUUGGUUAUUCUUUUUUCUAUACGAUGAAUUCUGGAAAGGAACAGCUAUACUUGUAGGGUAUUGUUUACUCAUUGGUUUGGGUAAUCAAGACUUCAUCGUACAUCCUUUUUUUUAUGCUGGGAGGCUGGUUAUUCCUUAGUCUAUGUCGAUUCUGCAUAAAGCGGUGUAAUGAAAAAUUGUAAUGCCUGAACAGUUAAACAAUGUACCAUGUCCAUGUCCCCUACACAUGGAUAUUGGAUGCAUAUUUAGUGUUGAAGGAUGGUCACUGCAAUUUCUUUUGGUUCAACGACAACUAGGGCUCCAAUCUAUCAUCUCUUACUCGUGUACCGCUUGAGAGCAGCCCAAGAGGCCAAUGGAAAUUGUUUAUUAUUUCCUAAGUUUUUCUGUUGUAGUAUGCCAAUGUAUCACUAUUUUUUUUUUUUUUAAUUUUGUUAUCUUGUAUAUGAGUUUAUUUCAUGCACAUAUGUGUUCCUGGAUGCAUGCAUGUAUAAAUA